AUGAGUUCGCUCUCCCUCCUCCCGUUCUCGCUCUGAGCUGGCGAGUUCUCGCGAGAGGAGGCGACCAGCCACGGAUCCAACAUGGCAGAAGAGGAGGUGCAGAAGCUGCAGAAGCACCUGGCCCUGCUGCGGCAGGAGUAUGUGAAGAUGCAGCAGAAGCUGGUGGAGACGGAGAGGAGGUGCUCCAUGCUGGCCGCUCAGGCGUCCGGCCACAGCUCCUCCUCCCAGCCCAGCGACUCCUUCAUCAGCCGCCUGCUGGCCAUAGUGUCUGACCUCUACCAGCAAGACCAGUACAGUGACUUGAAGGUGAAAAUCGGCCAGCAGAAGCUGAGCGCUCAUAAGUUUGUGCUGGCUGCCCGCAGUGACAUCUGGAGUCUGGCCAACCUGGCCUCCAUCUCCGAGCUGGACCUGUCAGAGGCCAAGCCGGAGGUUGCCAUGGCGAUGCUGCGCUGGGCUUACACGGAUGAGCUGGAAAUGAACGAAGACGACACGUUCCUCAUCGACCUGAUGAAGCUAGCCAACCGCUUUCAGCUCCAGCUCCUACGAGAAAGAUGUGAGAAAGGAGUAAUGUCCUCUGUGAACGUGAGGAACUGUAUCAGGUUCUACCAGACGGCCGAGGAGCUGGACGCCACCACUCUGAUGAACUACUGCGGUGAGAUCAUCGCCAGCCACUGGGAUGACCUGAGGAAAGAGGACUUCAGCACUAUGAGCGCUCAGCUACUGUACAAGAUGAUCAAGUCCAAGACAGAGUUUCCCCUUCACAAAGCCAUUAAAGUGGAGAGAGAAGAUGUGGUCUUUCUUUACCUGAUAGAGAUGGAUGCCCAGUUGCCAGGUAAGCUGAACGAGUUGGACAAUAAUGGAGACCUGGCUCUGGACCUGGCCUUAUCGAGGAAGCUUGAGAGCAUCGCCACCACACUGGUCAACAACAAAGCAGAUGUGGACAUGGUGGAUCAGAGUGGCUGGAGUCUCCUGCACAAAGCCAUCCAGAGAGGGGAUGAGUUUGCCUCCACCUUCUUGAUCCGCCAUUCAGCACAGGUGAAUGCUGCCACAGUGGGGGCGGUGGAGACCCCCCUGCACCUUGUGUGUUCUUUCAGCCCAAAGAAACACAGCACAGAGGUGAUGAGCGGCAUGGCCCACAUCGCUGAGGCCUUGCUUAAAACCGGCGCCAACCCCAAUAUGCAGAACAGUAGAGGACGAACACCCUUACAUGAAGCUGUGUUGUCAGGAAACGAGCCAGUAUUCAACCAACUCCUGCAGUGCAAACAACUGGACCUGGAGCUCAAGGACCAUGAAGGGAGCACGGCUCUGUGGUUAGCUCUGCAGUACAUCACUGUGGCCUCUGACCCUUCUGUUAACCCCUUUGAGGAUGACGUACCUGUAGUAAAUGGCACCUCGUUCGACGAGAACAGCUUUGCAGCGAGACUCAUACAGAGGGGGAGCAAUCCUGAUGCCCCAGAUGCUUCAGGAAACUGUCUAAUGCAGAGAGCGGCUCUUGCUGGCAGUGAGGCAGCUGCCAUCUUCCUGGCCACCCAUGGCGCUGUGGUCAAUCAUACCAACAAAUGGGGUGAAACUCCUCUCCACACUGCCUGUCGCUGUGGCCUGGCUGGACUGACAGCAGAGCUUCUCCAGCAGGGGGCUAACCCUAACCUGCAGACUCAGAGUGCCCUUCCUGACAGUGACCGGAGCCACGGAGUGUCCUUACAGAGCCCUCUCCACAUGGCCAUCGUGCACAACCACCCGGAUGUGGUGUCUGUCAUAUUGGAACAGAAAGCGAAUGCUCUCCAUGCUACCAACAACCUUCAGAUCAUCCCAGACUUCAGCCUUAAAGACUCCUUGGACCAGACUGUGCUUGGACUUGCCCUCUGGACAGGAAUGCACACCAUCGCUGCCCAGCUCCUGGGGUCCGGUGCAGCUAUUAACGACACCAUGUCAGACGGUCAGACACUGUUGCAUAUGGCCAUCAAAAGACAAGACAGCAAGAGCGCCCUCUUCCUGCUGGAGCACCAGGCAGACAUUAACGUCAGAACGCAGGAAGGCCAGACUGCCUUACAACUGGCCAUUAGUAACCAGCUCCCCCUGGUGGUGGACGCCAUAUGCACAAGAGGAGCAGACAUGUCUGUGGUGGAUGAGAAGGGGGAUCCUCCACUGUGGCUGGCUUUAGAGAACGGUCUGGAGGACAUUGCCUCUACACUGGUCAGGCAUGGCUGUGAUGCAACAUGCUGGAGCACAGGGCCAGGAGGCUGCCAGCAGACCCUGCUGCACAGAGCAAUCGAUGAGAACAACGAGGUGACCGCAUGCUUCCUCAUACGCAGUGGCUGUGAUGUAAACAGCCCGCGGAAGCCUGGUCCUAAUGGUGAGGGUGAUGAGGAGGCACGGGACGGCCAGAGCCCUCUGCACCUGGCCUCCUGCUGGGGGCUGGAGGAGGUGGUGCAGUGCCUUCUGGAGUUCGGAGCAAACGUCAAUGCACAGGAUUCUGAAGGACGAGCUCCUAUUCACCUGGCCAUCAGUAACCAGCACAGCGUCAUCAUCCAGCUGCUCAUCUCCCAUCCUGAGAUCAGACUGAGCCUCAGAGAUAGGCAGGGCAUGACCCCGUUCGCCUGCGCCAUGACCCACAAGAACAACAAAGCAGCAGAGGCCAUCCUCAAGAGAGAGCCUGGUGCAGCCGAGCAGGUGGACAAUAAGGGGAGGAAUUUCCUGCACGUUGCGGUGCAGAACUCGGACAUAGAGAGCGUGCUCUUCUUGAUCAGUGUCCAGGCUAAUGUCAACUCCAGGGUACAGGAUGCUGCCAAGCUCACCCCCCUUCACCUCGCAGUGCAGGCCGGCUCUGAGAUCAUCGUCCGUAAUCUGCUCCUAGCAGGUGCUAAAGUGAACGAGCUGACAAAACAUCGUCAGACGGCUCUUCAUCUGGCUGCACAGCAAGACCUGGCUACUAUCUGCUCAGUGCUGCUGGAAAAUGGAGUCGAUUUCGCUGCUGUUGAUGAAAACGGCAACAAUGCUCUACACCUAGCUGUGAUGCAGGGUCGUCUGAAUAAUGUGAGGGCUCUUCUCACCGAAUCAAACAUUGAUGCAGAGGCCUAUAAUCUCAGGGGCCAGUCUCCAAUGCAUGUUCUCGGACAUUACGGGAAGGAGAACGCUGCGGCUAUCUUUGAGCUGUUUUUGGAAUGCAUGCCGGAAUAUCCUCUGGACAAACCGGACAAUGAAGGGAACACAGUGCUUCUUCUGGCCUAUAUGAAAGGAAAUGCUAACCUGUGUCGUGCCAUUGUGAGGGCUGGAGCUCGUCUGGGAGUUAAUAACAAUCAGGGCAUCAACAUCUUCAACUAUCAAGUGGCCACUAAACAGCUCCUGUUCCGCCUUUUAGACAUGCUCUCCAAAGAACCUCCAUGGUGUGAUGGCUCAAACUGUUAUGAAUGCACUGCCAAGUUUGGAGUCACUACAAGAAAGCAUCACUGCCGCCACUGUGGCCGCCUGCUGUGCCACAAGUGCUCUAUCAAGGAGAUUCCCAUCAUCAAAUUUGACCUGAACAAGCCUGUCCGCGUCUGCGACAUCUGCUUCGACGUGCUAACGCUGGGUGGAGUGUCCUAACACGUGACGUGAGCCGUAAGGGAGAAGGGCCUGACCUACCAGAACAGACGCACACUAAACUGGACAUGGUGGAUGAGAAGAAUGUGUAGAAAGUGAAGAAAAAGAGAGAGAAUAAGUAAAAGGGGUAGAUGUGAAUAGAGCCGUUGGAAUAAAAAAAUGUAUGGACUGCAGCUUUUUACUACUAAUGCAGUCAGUCUUUUUUCUGACAGAAUCAACCAUAACAACGUACUGUAUGUAUGUUCUAGCACCAACAUCUACCCAACGAUCAAACAUUCAGAGUAGUGGAAUGCUACAGAAGUGCAGUUUGUAGACCAUGUAGACCUAAGAUAGGUGUUUGUACCGUACAGGCCUGUGGAUAUAUCAGAAAAUGAGGGUUUGGGGGAGGGAGGGAUCAAGCAUCUGUAGACAUGAACUAUAACUGCACAUUUAAUGAAGUGAUGAAGUCGACAUUUUUAUAAAAUCAACACCAUUUAUACCAAGCAUUUCUCGCGAUCCUUGCUGCUGGAGAUGAAGGGAUCUAAGCUGAGGUGUCCAGUAGGUUCAGUGGUCGUCUCUACAGACAGUAUAAAGCCUUAAUCGUGCUUGCCGGGCAUGUGUGGAUUUUAUUUCUUAUACCAGAACAAGCAUUUCUGUACCUUUACCGUUUUUGUAGACCUCCGAAGGUCUGGAGAAGCAGACCUGCAGGAUUUUGAUCUUUAAAAAUAUGGUUGCAUCCAGAAGAGAUUGCAAUUAGGGCUGCAACGAUUAGUUGAUAUAAUCGGCAAUGUUAAUUAUUCAAAAUUUACUACAAAUUUAAUCGUUGACUAAUCGGUAAUUACAUAUUUACUCACUAAAUAUCAGUACUUGCCAUUUUUAAACAACAUCCAGACAUUUAAAUGCCUUUUAAAUCUCAUCUUCAGCGGUUUCUAUUGUUUUUAGAGCUGGAGGACAUGGCAGAAACAAUCGCUGACUAAUCGACUAUUCGAUUACUAAUCGAAAAAUAAUCGAAUUAGUUGACUACCAAAAUAAUCAUUAGGUGCAGCCCUAAUUGCAAUGCUUUUGGGAAUGAAGAUAAAGAAAACCUGGAACUAGGGCUGCAACAAUUAGUCGAUAUAAUCAACAAUGUCGACUAUAAAAAAAAAAAAAUCGACUCCAAAGGUUUAUUGACGACUAAUAAUUAAAUUGUAGCACCUCACAAAUUACUGUGGACAGAAACACAAUGGGAAACAAGUAUAGUGCUCAAUCACCCAGUUUAGUCAACUCUUUUUUUUCCAUUUAAAUGGCAUUUAAAUGUUCUGGACAUUUCUACGCCAUUUAAAUAUAAUGUUUAGCUGUUUCUAUCAUUUUGAACUAACAGAGAAAUCUAGAAACAGAAGCCGUACAGCAAGCAAAUACGAAGGGAAUGGCAGAAAUGAUUGUUGACUAAUCGGAUAAAUAAUUGGCAGAUUAGUCGACUACCAAAUUAAUCAUUAUUUGCAGCCCUACCUGGAACAAUAAAUGAUUACAAGUUUUGAGGACUGAUGUGGGCUAGAACUCUUGAUCAUAUUUAUUUAGAUGCAUGUACAGAAGUAAUGCUGCAACAUCUGCCAGACAUCCCAGCAUGGAGAGAGUUGUAGAGGUUCCUAAUAGAGUCCUGUGAUAACUAAUCCAAUGCAGCUUGAAUAUUCUCAUGCAGUUCCUGCAGAUUUUGCUGUAGGGGUGUGUGUAGGAGAUUAUUUGGUUAUACUUCUGUAUGUGUACCUCAGUAAAUAUUGCCCAUGUCAGUUAAUUUUUUGUAAUCUAUUGUUCCUGGUAACCUUUAUCUUCCUUCUGAAUAGUUAGAAAAAAAAAUUCUUCUGGGUGCAACAAUUUUUUAAAAUAAUAAGUUUAAUUACAACACAACGUUGACUUGACUACAUCUGCAUUUAAGCAUAAAUAUGAAUUUGCUUCUUCUGCCGCCUUCUGUGAUCUAACCUUUUGACUGUGCGUCAUUGUGUCCUGCGAUCGAUGUUAGUCUUUAAGGGACCUUAUUAUUUUUAUUCUUCCAUUAGCAUUUUACAUACUAAUUAAAACACUCGCUGUUGAGCUAAGUCUCCUUUUCUAUACCGAUCUAAGAAUUAAGAAAAGCAAAAAUCUUUCGUAUGAAGCCAGAGAGUGAUAUUCUUAUUAACGUUGGUUUUGUUUUGUUUUUUUAUGCAGAGGUAUGAUCAGUUGCCUACUAUGCAUAUAUACACAUAUAUCAUUUUAUCACGGUCAUAAUCAUGCUUUAUUCAUGUGAUCACCAAAGGAUUACAUUCCAUUUAUAUAUAUAUUUUUUUUUCCUUUUGGCCUGCAAGUAAGUUUUGAUGGAUCAAGUGUUUUUUUUUUUUUUUUUUUUUUUUAAGUGUCUAAAAUUUGCGUGAAGUCAAGCUACAUUCGUUUUAAAUUCUCAACGCUAAACAGCUGCACUUUAUCAUUUUUUUUAAUAUAUACAUUUCUGAUCGUGUUUUGCGAGGUGAAUGUGACGGGGUUGAAGAAGGCCAGUCCACAGUUCGUAAUGUUAGGUAAUCUUAAAUUGUACAGUUAAUUGUAUAAUAUUUUUGACCACUACAACUGUUUUGUACUUAAAUGCAGUUUGUGCUUUUUCUUUUUUUUUUUUUGUCAAA